UGGGUUGCUAGUGCUGUCAUACGCAAGCGGUUGCUCUAAGAAAAUUCUUCAAGGCAAGAAUCGCUUGUAUAUAGUUGUCGAGUAGUUACGGAGAGGUACAUAGUUAUAUGAAUUUAUAGAGGAAUGAGUUUCAGUCAAAAGAGUAUAUAAGUUCCAUAAUAACCUCAUUUGGCAGCACUUGCGGAGCUUCACUUUCUUGAAGUCGCCAUACUUCAUGUUAUCUUAAAACGAAAACACGGCAUACUUUUUAAGGAAAGCUUAACAAUUUUGUUGAUGGCUGGAUUUCUAUUACAUCUCUCACCUUUCGUUGAGUACUUUGCGAGUACAGAUUUAUGGAUGAAGCAGGAGAAAAAGAUGCAUAUUUACACUAAAUGGAUCAACUCAAAGCUUGAAAAAACGUAUCCUCCUAUAGAGAAUUUAUAUGAAGACUUAAAAGAUGGUCGUGUUAUAUUUUCGCUACUCAACGUCUUGUUGAAUAAAAAAAAUAAGACAGAGAAACCAGAUAAAAAUUCUUCCAACUACGAAAAUGUUCAAGACGUCCUUACAGUUUUAAAGAAAAGAGGGUUAGAAAUUGACAUAAUAGAAAGUGAAGAAAAUACCAAAUGGAAUGAAAGGGAAAUUCUUGCUCUGAUUUGGCAGAUAAUACUGCAUUUUCAGAUUGAAACAGUUUUACCAGAUGAGUUACUAACAACUUUGGAAGAUAAAGAUUCGUCAUUGCGGACGAAACAUCUUUUAGAUGAAGUUGAAGAGCGGUUGUUGAAAUGGAUACAGGAUGUUCUUCAAGGAAUGUUUGUGGUAAAUGAUCUUGAAAGCAGCUGGGAAGAUGGUUUUGCAUUUUGUUUCUUCUAUCUGCUUUUCGUCCAUCUGCUGUUGAAAUGAGCAAAGCACUAAAAAUGUCUUCUCGUGAGAGACUGAAGUACUCAUUUGAUGUUGCAGAGCAAGAAUUUGGUGUUCCUAGCUUGCUGGAUCCUUCGGGUAUAAGAAGUUAAAUGAUUAUUUCAUUUGUUUGAUAUAUUGAUGAAAAACGCAGAUAAAUUUUAU